AUGGGGUGGAUAAAAAAGGCCUAUGCAGAGGAUCAAGAAAGCAUCAUCCCUGCCGGCUUAGAGGAUACCACCAUGCACACACUCCUAAGCUACUGCUGCACCGAAAACGCACUUCGUCUCCUCGGUCUCAGCGAAAGCAGAAAAAUUUGCUCGAUAAUCUGCGACUAUUUAAAUACCGAUGUCCACAUCUUCGAACUCGCCCAAGUGUGGGAAAAUGUGCAAGCGAAGAGUAAGUGGGCGAAAAUGAUAGCGGAUCAUGUUGGCCGGCGGCUUGCGGAGGCGGACAACAAUAUCAUCGAGCGUGGAUAUUGCCUUUGUGGCUGGAAGCAUGUUUCCGGGGCAGAUAAGCACUUGUGCAUCCACACCUGGGCGUACGAAGAUGCUCAUUUGAGGAAUAUGCUUGAUUAUGAGUUCGUCCAGAUUGAACUUGCGGCCAUGUAUCCGCGGUAUGGUACGUAUUGCCGGUCUAAGAUGAGGAAUUGGAUUAAGAGCUGGGUGAUGGAAGUUGCGGAUCAUCCUGCGUUGCCAGAGGGUACGCUUCCUCACGAGGAGGAUGUCGUGGGCCCUUUGCCGGGGGAGUUCCCAGAGCUUGAGGAUCUGCCGACAAUAUGGAAGAUGGGUCCUAUACAGGGCGCAGUGCAGUUUAAGUUUGUGCAUAAUCCAACGGCUUCGGCUCUCAAGGAUGUGGGAUAA